AUGUGGGCCUUCGAGCCCAAUGAUCCAAAUGAACGUUUUCGAGUCAUCUGUCAACUGUGUGCAAAUGAAUUUUGUUCACUGUGUAAUCAGCAAUAUCAUUAUCGAACAGGUUGUCAACAGUUAACUGUGAUCACGGAACGAUGGUUCUUCUGGUGUAACUCAGAGCGUGCUCGCUAUUUAGCUAAGCGAGCAAGACAAGAUGCUACAUAUGCAGUUCGAUUAGCUGAGCACGAAAAACAACAUGCUGCCAACAGACAACGAAAUGAAGAAUUACGUCACCGUUAUGAUACAGCAGUAGCAGAUGAAAAAUACAAAGCAGAGCAUUGUCGUCAUUGUCCACAUUGUCAUCGAGUUGUUGAGCGUAUAGAAGGAUGCGCAUCAAUGAUAUGUGGACAAGAUUAUCAUGGCGGCAAUACUCAAUCAGGUUGUGGAAAAAGCUUCACAUGGGACCAGGCGAAAAAAUAUAGAUCAGCAACCGUUCGAAGACCUGAACAACUCAUGAAUGAUCUACCACCUCCUGAGAGCCCAGUUGUAGUACAUGAAAAUAUCAAGUGCGAUGGUUGUCAUGAGACAGUACGUGGUAUUCGAUUCGAUUGUGUACAUUGUCCAUCGCUGAUCUUUUGCGAGAAAUGUGAACAAAAUUGUACACUCGCUCAUUCAGACGAGAAUCGGCGUGCCGGGCAGCAACAACAUGUCUUUCGAUUGAUAAUGACACCAUUUGAUGAGGCGAUGUAUUUGUGA